UUAUUUAUUUUCAUGUUUCCAAGAGAGUUCAAAACGCAAACGUCAAAUAAAAUACAUGUUCACAACACUAACAAAGACUUUUUUUUUUACUUUUUCUAGACUGUAAAAAACAUCGGUCGUCCAGAUUUCAAUAUGGUAAAACAAAAACAAAACUUGUAAAGACGUUGUCAACGACCAUUUUAUUCUAUAUUAGCUACAAUAGUUUGCUAUUUUCGUAUCCUUAAAUCGUUAAGUCUAUAUAAACUUUGUUUCCCCCAAAAUAGCAAAACAAUCCAAUGGUUUCUGUUUGUCUUUGUUUCAUUAUAGGCUUCCUCUCCACAACAUUCAUCUAUUAAGCAAGCCAUAGAACCGUUUCCAAGGUUUUUCAUCACCAUGACCGGAAGAACAAUGGAGAAGCCUUUAGGCUGCUUCCUUCUCCUCUUCUUCUUCAUCAUUUCCGUUUUCUUCUAUUCCGCGGCGGCCCUCACCGAUGAGGAAGCUUCGUUUCUCACAAGACGCCAACUUUUGGCAUUAUCAGAAAACGGAGAUCUUCCCGACGACAUGGAGUACGAAGUCCAUUUAGACCUCAAGUUCGAUAAUAACCGGCUGAAAAGGGCUUACAUUGCCCUCCAAGCUUGGAAAAAGGCAAUAUACUCCGAUCCAUUUAACACUGCGGCUAAUUGGGUUGGUCCAAACUUGUGUUCUUACAAAGGAGUUUUCUGUGCACCAGCGCUCGAUGACCCGAGCGUAAUGGUUGUGGCGGGUAUUGACCUUAAUCAUGCGGAUAUAGCUGGAUACUUGCCGCCUGAGCUAGGUUUAUUGACCGAUGUCGCCUUGUUUCACGUUAAUUCCAACAGGUUUUGCGGAGUUAUUCCGAAAAGCUUUUCGAAACUAACGUUGAUGUACGAGUUUGAUGUCAGCAACAACCGUUUCGUUGGUUCGUUUCCAACGGUUGCUCUUUCUUGGCCGUCUUUGAAGUUCCUUGACAUUAGAUACAAUGAUUUUGAAGGGAAAUUGCCGCCAGAGAUCUUUGAUAAAGAUCUCGACGCCAUAUUCUUGAACAACAAUAGAUUCGAGUCGACCAUCCCAGAGACAAUUGGUAAAUCAACAGCUUCCGUGGUCACAUUUGCACACAACAAAUUCAGCGGUUGCAUCCCAAAAACCAUCGGCCAGAUGAAGAACCUCAACGAGAUUGUGUUUAUUGGGAACAACUUAAGUGGUUGUUUCCCUAACGAAAUAGGUUCGUUGAACAGUGUGACCGUGUUUGAUGCUAGCAGCAAUGGGUUCGUUGGAAGUUUACCAUCGACCUUGUCGGGCUUAGCCAACGUGGAACAAAUGGAUUUCUCGUACAAUAAGCUCACCGGAUUUGUCACAGACAGUAUCUGCAAGUUGCCCAAAUUGUCGAACUUCACAUUUUCUUACAAUUUUUUCAAUGGAGAGGCUCAAAGUUGUGUGCCUGGGUCGAGCCAAGAGAAACAAUUUGAUGACACGAGCAAUUGCUUACAGAAUAGACCAAAACAGAAGUCGGCUAAAGAAUGUUUACCGGUGGUUAGUCGUCCUGUGGAUUGCAGUAAAGACAAGUGUGCCGGUGGUGGUGGUGGAGGUGGCGGUGGCUCAAACCCAUCACCAAAGCCAACACCAAAAACACCAGAGCCAAAGCCAACACCAAAAACACCAGAGCCUGAGCCAAAGCCAACACCAACACCAAAAACACCAGAGCCUAAACAAGAAAUUAACCCACCAAAAUUAGAAGAGCCAACUAAGCCAAAACCAGAAGAAUCUCCGAAACCACAACAGCGUAGUCCAAAGCCUGAGACACCAUCACAUGAGCCUUCUAAACCAAAGCAACCUAAGCCAGAGACACCAAAACAGGAAUCUCCAAAACCAGAACCACCAAAACAUGAAUCACCAAAACCAGAGCAGCCAAAACCCAAGCCUGAGUCACCAAAACAAGAGUCACCUAAGCAAGAGCCACCAAAACCAGAAGAAUCCCCCGAACCGGAACCUCCUAAAUCGGAGACGCCAAAACAAGAGGAGUCACCUAAGCCUGAACCACCAAAGACAGAGACACCAAAAAUGGCGUCACCUCCAGUGGAACCACCGGUAACAGAUGAUCCUUACGAUGCAUCUCCUAUUAAAAAACGUCGUCCUCAACCACCGUCUACAGAAGAGACGCCUUCGCCACAAUCUCCACCAGUACACUCUCCGCCACCGCCACCGGUAUUUUUACCUCCGCCUCCAGUGCAUUCUCCUCCACCACCAGUUUACUCACCGCCGCCACCUCCGGUAUACUCUCCUCCACCUCCACCAGUCCAUUCACCCCCACCGCCAGUCCACUCACCGCCUCCGCCCGUCCAUUCACCACCGCCACCACCGGUCCACUCUCCUCCUCCCCCAGUUCACUCUCCUCCUCCUCCAGUUCACUCUCCUCCUCCCCCAGUCCAUUCUCCGCCACCACCAGUACACUCUCCUCCUCCACCGGUCCACUCUCCGCCGCCGCCACCUCCAGUUUUCUCUCCACCACCGCCUGCACCAAUCUACUCUCCUCCUCCGCCACCACCGGUCCACUCACCGCCUCCGCCCGUUUAUUCUCCCCCACCACCACCAGUCCACUCACCGCCACCACCGGUGCACUCACCGCCUCCUCCGGUUCACUCACCGCCUCCUCCGGUUCACUCACCGCCUCCUCCAGUUCACUCUUUACCGCCACCGUCACCUAUUUACUCUCCUCCUCCCCCAGUUUUCUCGCCACCACCAAAACCAGUAACGCCUCUACCACCGGCAUCAUCGCCAACAGAAAACGCGCCAACACCUUCAUCAGAAACGGAAGAAGACUCAUCACCGGUUCAAGCUCCGACUCCAGACUCUGAGGACAUCGAAGCACCAUCAGAAUCAGACUAUUCACCAGUGUUCAAGUCAAGUCCGGCUCCAGCACCAAUCUCCGAGCCAAAUCACUCCCCGGCUCCAAUUUCACAACCAGAAGUUGAAGCACCAGAACAAUCGGUCUCCACCCCUUCUUCAUCGCCACCGUCUUCAAAUCCAUCAACAGAUGUAACUGCACCACCAUCGGAAGACAACGACGGCGGCGAUGAUAAUUUCAUCCUCCCACCGAACAUUGGAUUCCAAUACGCAUCGCCACCACCGCCGAUGUUCCCAGGCUACUAAACCAAACUUUUUUAAUAUUUACAUUUUGGUCCAACAUUUUUCCAGUUUAACCCAAUUUGUAACAGACGAAAAAAAGAUAAGCAAAAAAUCUACAUUUAUUUAUUAUAAUUUGACCAUUUGUAAUCUAAUCUGUAAGUAGAUGAAUUUUUAGAAAGUGAAUAUU